UCUGACCCCUGACAUAAUCUGUUUUGCGUCCAUGAACUGACUACUCCAGUGGCCCAGAGUGGCUCUGCUGGGUGUCUCCAUCCUCACCUCCCAAUCCCCCAUAAUCCUGUUAAUCCGCACACACUCAUAUGCCUGCAUGGUGAAGAGGAGCACUAAGCACUCUCCUGGCAGGAAUAAAGCACUCACAAAACAUAGGUUUUAGGACUUUUUAAACAAUGAUAAGGAAUGGCAAAGUAAUAAUUGUCUAUCAAUUAAAGGGUAGUUGUUUAUUUAAGAUUCAGUGGUUUGGAGACAAGUUUACUGAGUUGGUUAAGCCUGUUGUCCCUCCCUUUAACCACAGUCUCCAGUGUACAACGCAGUCAUAAAGACACAUUGGGUCUCCUGUUAUGUGAGGAAUGUCUCUGGCCUUGGAUUUUGUCCUAUCUCAACAGUAGGAAAAACAACGGAUCUGUGAAACUAUUACAUCACGCACGACAAGACAUUAUAAAUAAAGACCGGCCCAAGUGCAUUGACAUACUCUCACACGCACACUGCCAAUAACUGACACUAAACCAGUCUCAAUAUCUGUCGUGGUCCUUUAAUCUUGAGGGUUAUUUUCAUUGCCAGUUAAAUAAUAUAAUUGAUUAACUCAACAUGAAAGUAGCCAUUCCGGAGGCUAUUAUCAGCAGCGGAACAUAGCCCCACAGCAACUUAUCAAAAUGAACCAUAGUGGAAAUUGAUCAGCCAAUUAUUGGCCACGAACCAUGUGUGUAUUGCCUGACUGGGGAGCACUGGAACAUUCAUCAGCCAGACCUCUGUGGAUCACAGUCCUGCCUCUUGCAUGAGUGAAUGUCAAUCCCACAGUCACACGCGUCAAGCACGCCCAUCCAGUGGUGUCCGAUAUAUGACCACAGGGCAGCAAGUGACAAGGAAAAAGCAGCACUCGACAGGUUCAUCAUCUCCAAGGCUUAUUGCACACCAACAGGAAAGCCUUCAUAUCAAUGUCAAGGCCCAGGGAUGGUGAGAAAUAGCCAGACGCUGUAAACUCCACGUUUUACUUCCUAAUUCUCCCUCCGCAAAGGGGAGGAUUACAUCCUGUAUGCAGGUGGGACGCGGAAUGUUGAUUGCUCAGCUGCGAAUUAUGAACUUCUACUGCCCUCAAAGAGUUAAUUCAAUUUGUACACUAGUUUCACUUAGGGAAUGUUGCCACAAUGUCAGGCAACUGGGCAAUUACCAUGAAUAGUUCUUGAUGCCCUGUGGGGCCUUUGAUAAUCUCUUGUAGUCGCAGCACACUGAGCAGUGUAAAGAACCUGAUACCAUCUCCAGGCCUGCGGCCCGGGGCCUUAACCCAGCGUGACGGACCCAGAGUAGAAGAAUGCCUACACUGUCUGCCAGUGAUGGUCCCUCACUCCCCUUGCUCCAGAGAUGGGCUCGAGGGAUAUAUUCGUUAAGUGGCUUGACAAUUCUCAGCAUGGAACAUGAUGGGAGAUUUAGCCAACAAUGCUGUGACGAAUCCACAUUACCAAAGAGGCUAUUGGGCUCUUACCAUGUGUGGGACAUUGCUUACCUCAUUUUCCCCACUGUGCCCUUCUCAUGGACCAUAUAAUUGCUCAGGGCUAAACCCUUCAAGUACAACAUGCUUAGAUGUUCCUGAAUAAAUUAAGAGUAAUAAAAUCGUAACAUAAUUGAGUGUAUCUGUGAGAAAUAUAGGGAGAAUGGCAAAGACAACAAAAGAGAUUGAGGGAAGGUUUAUGAGAGAGAGAGAGAGAGAGAGAGCGGAAGAGAGAGAGAGAGAGAUCGAUAGAUAAGAUUCCCUAGGUUAUGCCAGUCACUAUAUGGGAGCAGUGGGGCAUGCCAGGAGCCCCAUGAGGUUUGGGGAGAGAGAGGGGAGUCACUACAUAAUAGCUGUCCUCUCCAGCUUCAGGAAUGUUGCUGGUUCACCACUAGUGUCCCAGUACAGUGAGAGGCCACCACCUCGGAUCCUUGGUGCAGAUAGCAGUUUUCAUCCGCAACACAUAAUAGCCCCAGUCAGAGUGCUAGUUCUGCUCACGCAUGCAGACGAUGUUAUGGCUACAGCUUUUGCUCCUCAUGGGGGACAAUGGUGUUGAUGGCUAUGCAGCAGGCUCCGUUACUUCCCCCUCAAAUUCCCCCGGGGAAAACCAUAAACGGACCUAGAAGACCCUCAGCCUGUGUUCUGACAUGUGUAUUUUAUUCUUCCCAAAGGCACCUCCGUAAUUGUAUUUCAAAAAAUAUAUCCAUGAUGGCUUUACCGGGCUAACACCAGCGUGAUUAUAACGAGUCUACUUGUAAUUAUUUGUACAGGCGAGGGAUAUAUAGUCCACAGAGAGCCCACCACAUCGGAUCCUUGGUGCAUAUAGCAGUUUUCAUCCACAAAACAGUGGUCUAAGACAAUCCAAUGCAGUAAAUGUUAAGUCAACAAGUUUUGUGUAAUAGCCGACAUAGAAGUGACCAAGAGAGCGUUUGUAAGAGAGUGACACCUAGUGGUUACCGGGUGACAGCGUAGGUGCAUAAUUUAACACAAUGGAAUACUGGUUCGGUUGCUACUUCAGAAUAUGUGCUCAUGUUGCCCCACGUAGUGGUUAUUCGACGUUGUAAGCCGUUAUUCAGCAGAGACGUUGUCCGCGAUAAAUUGCGCAUUUUAAAAUCUUGGUUGCAGGCUGCCUUCCCUAUAUCUCUGGCUCCUUCCAUGGCAGCUGAUGACUACAACCCUGUUUCCCUGAGACAGAAGUCCAGGAAGAAGACUCGAGGAGGCAAUGUGGCAAUGAGCAGACGCAGAGUCUCGGUUAAAGAGCUGGGAGAGUCUGACUACCAGGGCUGGCUCUACAGGAAAAAAGAUGGCAAGGGCUUCCUGGGCUUCAAAUGGAAGAAGUACUGGUUUGUGCUGAAGAAGAUGUCCUUGUACUGGUACACUAAUCAGCUGGCAGAGAAAGCUGAGGGCUACAUUAACCUGAAUGGCUUCAUAAUUGACAGAGCCUUGGAGUGCAAGAAAAAAUUCGCCAUCAAAGCUUGUCAUCCGCAAGUAAUGAUGUUUUACUUUGCAGCUGAAAGCUAUGAAGAAAUGAACAUAUGGUUGAAUAAGCUUGGGCUCGCCUCUAUCCAAUAUGAACCAACGGAGAGCAACACGGCCGAAUGUUACAGCGAGGCCAGUGAUCACGAGGAGGCUGAAACGACGGAGGCUCCCCCUCCCCCAUACUCAGAGCAGAUGAUCCAGGACUCUGUGAAUAUAGGUGGUCCACCUGGCAGUGGGCAUCAGGGUAACCUCCCUCCCCCGUACUUUUCCCCCCAACCCAGUGAGUCAAAUGGCUCCUUCUCCUCACCCGUCAGCACGAUGACGUCACAGAGUUCUGUGUCAUCUCUGGCCAAACAUCGCCAGUCCUGGCUGGACCUGGUCUCGCAAGCGUCUCCCAUUGCCGGGGAAAAGGUGGUGUGCUCUGUGCAGGUUCACACACGUUGUCUCCCAAAGCAACGGGAGAAUGAAGAACCCAUCCGGCAUCACCAGGAGGCUUCGUCCUACCGGGAACUUCCAGGGAGCACAGUCAGAGAGGAGGACUUCAACCCCAGGGACCAGACAGAGAAGGUGGCGGUGCGAGGCACAGGUACAGAAGAUGUGAGCCAUGAAGUCACGUCUGAUGAGAUGGAGAGGCUGUACAUCCAUCUCAAGCAGGCCAGCCUUUCUCCAUUAGGAGAACGCAAACCAUCCACCAAGAGGGACUUCAGAGCGUCCUUCAUUAAGCGAUGCAAAAACCACGAGGUUAACGAGAAACUGCACCUCAUCAGGACACUCAACAGCACGCUAAAGGCUAAGGAAGCAGACCUGGCGACCAUUGAGCAGGUGCUGUCAGACCCAAACCUCACCUCACCUAAGUUCAGGGAAUGGAAAGUGGCCAACGCUCCUCUGCUCCAGGAGAUCUGUCUCCUGCAUGGACACCAGAUGUCAGCAGAGGGAGAGCCCUCCACAGCGGCACCCAGUCCCAUCGGUGUUCCCUGUGUAGAGACCAGUUUGUAAGGGAGCGGGAAGAUGUUGCCCGUUAACAUUGACUUAAGGUCAGCUUUGAGUUUCCACCACUAAUGCUCGUGAUUAAGAUUUGGGAUGGAUAAGCUGAUUGUGGACUUGUGCCUGUGGGCAUAUUUUACUCUGUUUAAAACAAACUGGCAUUGCAGUCUAGCCAUAACCCAUUAGCACUAAGGCUGGUACACAGUGGUGUAGUGGUUGAAAACUGGGAAGAAAUGCUUUUUAUAUUUUUGAUGCAUUAUCCGCAAAAGGUGGGUAAAUGCUUUGCCACAUAUAACUGGUAGGUACAGGGCGUUUACGUGCGUUCGACCUCUACUACAACACUGUUUGUACAGAGACUGCGUUUUUAUAAACUACAUACAGUAGGAAGCAACUCAUGUGACUUUCCACUAAGUGGACUCAUGAUAAGAGGAACUGUCUUUUUUUUUGUUCUGAAAUGUGGUGGAUUUAAAAACAUUUGGUUGAUUUAAAUUAUUUAGUUUUAUAUUGUUUUUAUGGUAGUCAUUUUAUCUUUUUAGGUUAACAGAGGUAGAAAAGUUUCUUCCUGUAUUUGUGUUAUCUCAAGUAGCGAGUUAUGGAACAUUGGGGGAGAUGUCCAUCUCUUUGAAAACACAUUUGUUAGUAUUUUUUGCAGUAUCAUUGGUAGCCCGUAUGAGGUAAUAUUUUCUAAUAGUUUAAGUGCCACAGACAUGCAUUAGUAAUGCCUUGAAAUGUAUGUAAGCAUUUGAACUAAAUCUUUGUGACUUAGACAGUUAACUGGGUUACAUUUAAAUUGUGAUACUUUUGUGGAUUUUCCUAGAUACAUUUUAUUAUUCAACUUGCUGUAUGUAUGUUACAUUCAGAUCCUAAUCGUUUUAUGCAGAAAUUGUUAUGCAAGCAUAACAUUUUCUUCCAGCAUCAAUGGAUUGUAACUUAGAUGAUUUAGUUGUGGUAAAUAUUUUCAGUUGUUUUACAUUGUAAAUAAAAUCGCUGUAUAUAAGUGUAAAGUGUGUACAGUUCUGAUGUCUUUUGAUCGAUUAAUUCUUUUUAGUUCUUUAUUUCAAUUAACUCUGACCUAUAAUUGUUGUUUGUGAAAUGUCUCUUAUUAUUAUUUUAUUAUAACUAUUAAAAAGUAGCACACAGCU